UCUAACAUGGCGGGAUGUAGUUUCUUGUUGACAAAAUUCAAUCAGUCUUUAUCAGGCUUUUUAACAUGAUGAGGAGCAAACAUAGAUACUAAUAACUUUUAAAAAAGCACAUAUCAUGUCAGUUCGUAAGAAACUGAAGAAAGCAGAUAGAAGCGCAAGUGGUAGUGAAAAAGUGGUUGGCACACAUUUGUAUGUAGAAAUUAAUGCAUCCCAGUGGCCUAUAGUCUACUCUCCUAGCUAUAAUAUUGGAUUUCUUGGACUUGAAAAGCUUCAUCCAUUUGACUCUGGGAAAUGGGGACGUGUUUUUGAAUUUUUAAAAGAAGGUAAACUAAUAAAUGUGGAGGAAAAUCAGCAAACUGUUGAACCAAGAGAGCCAACCACAGAGGACUUGAUGGUAGUUCACACUAAAAAAUAUCUGGACAGUUUAAAGUGGAGUGUGGUUGUUGCUCAGAUUUGUGAAGUUCCCCCAGUAGCUUUUCUUCCUAAUAUUGUUGUCCAACAUAAACUACUUAAACCUUUGAGACUUCAAACAGGAGGAACUAUACUGGCAGCUAGGUUAGCAGUAGAAAGAGGCUGGGCUAUAAAUAUUGGUGGUGGAUUUCAUCACUGUUCAUCUAGUAGUGGGGGAGGUUUUUGUGCUUAUGCUGACAUUACACUUGCUAUCAAGUUUCUAUUCCAGAAUGUGGAAAGUAUCAAAAAGGCCAUGAUCAUUGAUCUGGAUGCUCAUCAGGGUAAUGGACAUGAACUUGACUUCAUGAAUGAUCAAUGUGUAUAUAUCAUGGAUGUCUACAAUGCUUAUAUUUAUCCUGGUGCAAUGAGAGCCAGAAGAGCCAUACGAAGGAAUAUUGAACUCAAUCAUUACACAAAAGAUGAGGAGUAUUUGUCUCUUAUUAAAAAGCAUAUACCAGAGGCUCUUGAUGAAUUUUCUCCUGAUAUCAUCAUAUACAAUGCCGGUACUGAUGUACUGGAGGGUGAUCCACUUGGUAAUUUGUCCAUUACAUCAAAGGGUAUAAUAGAAAGAGAUCAAAUUGUAUUCCAGGAAGCAAGAAAUAAGUCAAUACCAGUAGUCAUGGUUACAUCGGGAGGAUACCAGAAAAAGACAGCCAGAAUAAUUGCAGAUUCCAUUCUGAACUUGCAUGAAAUGGGGCUGAUAAGUUGUAAUUAUUCAGAAUCAGGUCCGUUAUCUGCGACCAAAGCUGAAUCAUCAUCAAAUUACAAUACAUUCAAUAGUGCCCAAUGACAAAUUCAUUUACUGUAAGAGAACUGUCAUUUGUCAAUUGUACUUCUAAGCUACCAGCAACAUAGGAAUCCCGUUUCAUCAAUCAUGAUUCAAUGUACAAAUUUACACAGGCCAGGCUAGGUGUCUUGUAGUAUUGGUAUGUACCAAGAUUACUAWAACAAGUAAACUUAACCAACUUCAAUUGUGUUGGCUAUCUUGUUAAUUGUGCUAUAUAGUUAUYAGUUUUAUCCUGGAAAGUCAUAUUUUUUAAGUUAUUAACAAUGUUAGACAUAGUCUCAGUUUGCUCGCUACUCAUGGAACUAUUAAAACAUGUCAUCUGAGUACAUCUAUUGCAGUUAUAGUCCUAUUGUAACAAUCAAGUACAUGUAUGGGUUAGAUAUGUAGUUGUUUUUAUAAGAUGUAUACUAGAAUUGAUUACAUCUAUUGCAGUUAUAGUCCUAUUGUAACAAUCAAGUACAUGUAUGGGUUAGAUAUGUAGUUGUUUUUAUAAGAUGUAUACUAGAAUUGAGUACAUCUAUUGCAGUUAUAGUCCUAUUGUAACAAUCAAGUACAUGUAUGGGUUAGAUAUGUAGUUGUUUUUAUAUAUAAUGCAUACUAGAAUUGAUAACUAUUAUCAAAUAUAUCACUGUCUACUGAAUCUACAUUUAUUUACUUCACACUACAAAUGUUCUCCUGGUCAGUAACUUUUUACCAAUUUUCUUGGGUCAGCAGUCUAAAUGCAACGAAGUGCUGCCAAUUUACACAAUGUGACUUAAUGCAACAAAUCAAAUGGUUACAGUGAAGGACCCACGGCAACUAAAUAAAAACAAAGAGUCAAAAAUAAGUAAAACGGGACGAGAUGGAGACAGUAGAAAAAUUACCAUUAGAAAUCAAUUGCCCUCUUGCUCAUUACAAUAUCUUGAAUUGAACUGAAGACUGCAAUGUGAUGGCUAUUCAUCAAAUGACCCUAAUUAGAGUGUUCUAAGUUAAUGACACAUUACUUUUAAAUUAAUGGCGCAUUUUAUUAGAAUCAUAAAAAAAGGCAUUUCAUAAUUAAUGCUAAU